UCGCGGCCGGGCUGAGGCGGCGGUGGUGGCGGUGCCGGGGGUUCGGGUCCGGCGGUUCCAUGAGCAGGUGCUGCCCGCCCUCCGCCGCCUCCCUGUUCCGGGGUCUCGUCGGCCCCGCCGCUCUCUGCCUGGGCAGGAGCAUGAGCCUCUGCGGGACGCCGGCCGCCUGUGCGGCGGGGCCUGCGGGAGGUCGCGGCGGCGGUUGGGGCGGUGAGGGGGGCGCGGGCUUCUCCUCAGCGCGGCUGAGCCCGCCCUGGCUGCGUCUGCCGGAGGUGCCGGGUGAGGAACCGGAGCGGGCUAACGAGAUGCUGGUGCUGCUGCCGCCGGCCCUCCGCGGCCCGGCCCCGCCGCAGCAUCACGUCGUUUACUUCCCCGGAGAUGUGCAGAACUACCACGACACCAUGUCUCGCCACCCAGAAAACUGCCAGUGGAAGCAGUGGAGUUUUGAGAACGUUGCUGCCAUACUUGCUCGCCGGUUCCCUAAUAGUUUUGUUUGGGUUGUGAAGUCCUCUCGGAUGCACCUGCACAAAUUCAGUUGUUACGAUAACUUUGUGGCGAGCAACAUGUUUGGAGCACCCGAGCACAGCACUGACUUUGGAGCUUUCAAGCAUCUCCAUGCAUUGCUCGUUAAUGCAUUCAGGCUCUCUCAGAACAUUCUGCUGUCCCAGAAAAGUGUGCAGGCUGUCAGCAAGGAUGCAGAAACAGCUGCUUGUAAAGCCCAGCCACAGCCUGUUCCUACAGCAAGUGACUGCUUGGCCACAGAAAGAGAGAGGGAUUGUGAAUGCUCUAAUAUUUCCAUGAACUUUGUUAUACCCUCUGCUGUAGGUGCAGUGUCCUUUACCUUGAUUGGCUUCAGUAAAGGCUGUGUGGUUUUGAACCAGCUGCUUUAUGAACUGAAGGAAGCUCGAAAAGACAAGGACACAGACUCCUUCUUGAAAAGCAUCAAAGCCAUUUACUGGCUGGAUGGUGGUCACUCGGGAAGAAACAAUACUUGGGUCACUUGCCCUGAAGUGCUGAAAGAGCUCGCCCAGACAGGGAUUGAAGUUCAUGCUCAUGUUACACCAUACCAAGUGUUUGACACCAUGAGGUCAUGGAUUGGGAGACAACAUGAGAAAUUUGUACAGAUACUUGAAGAGCUUGGUGUGGAAAUAACUGAUCGGCUCCAUUUUGCUGACGACGUUCCCUCCUUAGAUAACCAUUUCAGAGUUCAUGAAGUGUUUUGAGACUGUAUGUGUCUUGAAUUGUACAUUAAUUGUAAAAAAGCACUUUUGACACUAUAAAUGUUGUCAUCUAGAUUUACAGAUUGGAGCAGAUGCUCUCUGAAGAUUCAGAGUACUAAACCAGUUCUCUGUUGCUGUAGAUACUGUGUAUGCAUUUCAGUAGCUAAAGAGGAGGAUUGAGACUCUGUACCUACAAGAGAUGUUUGUCAUUUGAUUCCUGGAAAAAAAUGUUGUGAAGAGCUCUCCUAUAAAUGUCUUUUUCCUUAAAUGUGAACCUUUAUUUUCAAACUGUGAGCAGAAUUUUUAACCCUGGAUGUCCAGUGUCACAUACUGUCUUUAACAGGAGUUAAAAGUACUCAACACUUUCAGAUGUCUGGAUACUUCUGUUUAGCAGCUUCUAGGGCUAACAUUUUUGAUCUUUGUCCAUAACAGUUAGUUUUUUGGCUUGAGGAAAUAGGUAGAACAAUCUUAGCUGUACAUUUUGGUGAAAACUGUGUUGAUGAGUUAACUAGAUGUUCCAGUUCCGUAGCAUUUCUUGUAUUGAAACAAAGCCACAAAUAUUUACCUUUGCAGUAACAGUGCCAAUGGGUUUUGUUUCCUUUUGUGCAUCUUGCCUUUUCUGUGGGCAGAGAAGUUUCAUUUGUUGUGUUCUGUCUGCUAGUGAACAGCCAUUUCACCUGGGGCCUUGAAAAUUGUGACAUAACUAUGUUAAAUGACACAGAAUGGUAGCUUGUUGCUGUGCCAACAUGGCUUUGACUGACUUCUCUGAGGAAGAGCUGUAUUUUCAGAUUUACAGGUUUCUUUCUCCCUGCCUAGGGCUGUUGAUAAUUGCAGCAUUGAUGUUGAUCUACAUUGACUCAUGUAUUACACAUUACAUAAAUUAUUUUCUUCUUCAGAAAGAAGAUAGCAAGGUAGACAAAUGAGAGGGUAUUAGUGGAACAUUUCUGCUGUUGUAACUUUCUCCAUUUAUCUACAGAUAAAUCUUAGAAUCACUCUUAAAGACAGCUGCAGCUAUUAACAGUGAACCAGUUGCUUAAUACAGUUUUGGAUUUCCUGGAAGUACAGGAAUACAAAAGCAAGUUAGCAAAAUACUGUGAAGAUUAUACAAAAAAAUGUGGCUCAGUUCUGAAAAAAGGUAUAUUAUACAACUUCCUUCUUAUGUUUGAUGGCUUAACAACAUCUUCCCUCAUCCCUUCUUGUGACUGAUAUACUAUGGAAGGAAAGUCCUGGGUUAUCCUUCUCUUGGCAUCAUUAAAACUUACAAGGUUCACUGGAGACAGUAAAUACUCAAAAUAUUGAGGGCAGUAGGGUUAUUCACACAGUGGGCACUUUACAAAGUGAUCAUUAAUUCUCUUGCCCGUGGUAAUUAGACUAAUGCACCUAGCUGAUCAGAGAGGGUAAUAAUCUAACUUAGUGGAUGGAGAAAAGUGCAACAUGCAAAAUAGUUCUAAUUUUUUAUAAACUAAUCUGAAAUCUAGUUCCACUCUGGCUUUUUUCCUAAAACUCUUGGAGACUGUUCAACCCUGUGUAUUGAUGACCUUCUUAAUGGGCUGGUAACAACUUGUUCAUGUGUUUCAAGGAAAACUAUUUACAUUUUUUGGUCCUUUUGAUAACACUUCUACCAUAUGGGAGGACUUUUUUUUUUUAAAGCAAGUAUGGGUCACCUAACACAGUGGUUUUAAUAGCCUACAGCAUUUCAUAAAGAAUGUAUUUUAUGAGUAGGUCAUCAUAAUAACUCAUAAAAUAAAAUUAAAAAAAAUAAUCAACAACACAUACACACCCCAAACACCCCACUGAUGUUGCUGCUUCUCAUUUCCCUCUCAGAGGGACCAGGCUAACCUGAGUAUGCUAAAACUUGCCCUGUCCAGUAACAGUGCAGAUCACAGAUCAGUUUCUCUACAAUUCUGUGCCAGCCAAAAGAGCAGGACUAGGUUGUUGGAAGCUUUUGGAAGCAGCUAUUAAAAUAUUGACAUUGUGUUCAGAAGUUUCUGGAUGGCUGUCCUAGGAAAAUAGUACCAACCUCUUUGAUAGAGGCUGCUUACAGUAACUGUUAAAUAAAAUAGGUUUGAGUGUUACUGUAUUAAUUGGAAGAAUAAACACUUUGUUGU